CAAAUCACUAAUGUCAAACUGACACAAUUCCGAAUUAUUCUCGAAAUUUCCGUUUUACGCCAAAGUCGAAAAUUUUCGUGUCGUAGUUCGAAAUUCAGAUUCAAAUUCCAGUAAAACACAGCAAAAUGAGAGAGUGCAUAUCAGUUCACAUCGGCCAAGCCGGAGUUCAAAUCGGCAACUCGACAUGGGAACUCUACUGCCUGGAACACGGCAUCCAAGCUGACGGAACAAUAAGCAUGACAAAAGAAGUAGCCUCCGACAAUUGCUUCGGAACCUUCUUCUCCGAAAUGGAGAGCGGCAAACUGGUACCCAGAGCCAUCAUGGUCGACCUAGAGCCCACAGUAGUAGACGAAGUGAGGACAGGCCACUACAAGAAGCUCUACCACCCCGAGCAACUUAUAACCGGCAAAGAAGACGCAGCUAAUAACUACGCCAGAGGCCACUACAGCAUAGGCAAAGAAAUGCUCGACAUCGUCAUGGAGAGGCUCAACAAACUAGCCGAGAACUGCCAUGGCCUGCAAGGCUUCUUCGUCUUCCACUCCUUCGGCGGAGGCACAGGCUCUGGCUUCUCCUCCCUCCUGAUGGAAAAGCUCUCCCAAGACUUUGGUAAGAAGAGCAAGCUGGAGUUCGUGGUUUACCCCGCGCCCCAGGUCUGCACAGCAGUCGUGGAACCCUACAACUCCAUCCUGACCACGCACACCACUCUCAGCCACUCCGACUGCGCCUUUAUGGUGGACAACGAAGCUAUCUACGACAUCUGCAGGCGCAAGCUAGGCAUCGAGCGACCUGACUACAUCAACCUCAACAGGCUGAUAAGCCAGGUAGUAUCAUCCAUCACUGCUUCCUUGAGGUUCGAUGGUGCUCUCAACGUCGACCUCACUGAGUUCCAAACCAACCUGGUGCCUUACCCGCGGAUCCACUUCCCUUUGGCUUCCUAUGCCCCUGUAGUUUCUUCGGAGAAAGCCUACCACGAGGGAAUGUCCGUGGCAGAGAUCACAGCGGAACUAUUCGAACCCACCAACCAAAUGGUCAAGUGUGACCCGAGGGAAGGGAAAUACAUGGCCUGCUGUCUGCUGUACAGAGGUGACGUGGUGCCCAAGGACGUAAACGUUUCCAUAGCUCAGAUGAAGGCAAAGAGCGACGUGAGGUUCGUGGAUUGGUGUCCCACAGGGUUCAAGGUGGGGAUAAACUACCAGCCGCCCACUGUGGUGGAGGGGGGCGAUUUGGCUGGUGUUCAAAGGGCUGUUUGCAUGCUGUCGAACACGACUGCUAUCGAGUCUGCGUGGAGGAAGCUGAACAAGAAGUUCGAUUUGAUGUUUGCGAAGAGGGCCUUCGUGCACUGGUAUAUUGGGGAGGGGAUGGAGGAGGGGGAGUUUGGAGAGGCCAGGGAGAAUUUGGCUACGCUGGAGAAGGAUUACGAGGAGGUGGCUAUGGAUUCGACGGAUUAUGAUACUAUCGAGGAAGCCUGAUUGAUAAUAAUUCAUGGAUAUCACAUAUCAAUUCAUUAAAUACAAUCUCAUAUUUUAUACCU